AUGGCUCGACCUCCAACCCCCGAGGCCGUCACCCCUCGUGCCCAGGCUCCCACGACCCCCAUCCGCACAGAAAAUCGUGCACUCAGUCCUCCCUCCAAAUCACCCAUCGCCACCCCUCCUCCCCCCUCUCCCAUUCCCUACCUCCCCUGGCGCGACCAAAUAACCUGGGACCACCUCCUCCACUCGGCACCCAUCGUCGACAACUUUGACGACGAAUCCGACAUCGAGACCCUCGCGCCACAGACUCCACCAAACAAGAUCCUCCUCUCCAAAGAGCGUCAGGCAAUCCUAAACCAACGACUCCAAGCGGGGCACGGCACUCAUCGUGUUCACUAUAUCGUGUAUGACGAUUAUGUAGCUGACGUCCACGGCACCAAACUCCCGAACUCGCACAUGAUUUUGGUGACGGGAGAUCCCAGGCAAAACGGAGGUAUCCUUUCGUUUGACGGCGUUGAUGUAGAGGAGGGAAUGGUUGUGGAGAAACGGGAUGGGUUUUGGGGUGUGUAUGAGGCUGAGUGGGAUGAGGAAGAGGAAGAGGAGGAGGAGGAGAUGCCAGUUGAGCAACAGAUUUACCAGGUGUUUCUCGAAGGGGCAGGAGGGGACCAUGAAGAGGCAUGGGAUGUUUACCAACAAUUUCGGGCGCACAAGGAACGACAGGCACGAAAGGAACGAAUCUACCAGGUUAUGCUGGAGGAGUUGGAGGGAGAUGAGGCGCUGGCGCGGGAAGUACAUGCACGCUGGUGCGAGGAGGAAGAGGAAGAGGAGAGGGAUGAUGAUAACGAGCACGACGUCUUUGCCCGUGCGACGAUGUGGGCAAGAGCAUUUAGAAAGGGGUACGAGAUGCGCAACGCAUCACUCCAGAAGUCGCCGACAAAGUCUGUAUCGUCAUCUGACGUGCAGUUGGGCGACUCGUCAAUCCUCCAGAAGUCGCCGACGAAGUCUGUAUCGUCUGAUGUUCCCGAGGACAGCAAUCAGUCAAGCGAGUCGAAGCAAGAGCCGGAUGUCUACGAUCGUUUGAGCGAAUGGGCGGUGCUCUUGAAUGGGGAGAGCCCCCGAAGAAAGACGACAACCAGCAACAUGUGCGAGGGCACCGACAGCUUGAUCGAUACCUCGAUAGAGCAGGACCAAGACGUCUACGACUGUCUCGGCGAAUGGGCCAGGAGCCUCGAGCAUGGGACCAAGCACGCUUCUUUCUUCAACGAGGCCUCAAAGUUUGGGGACAACAAAGGCAGUGGCAACAAGCUCAUCGAUAUCGCAACAAAGACGACCGAUGUGUACGAGUGUCUUGGCUUCACAGAUAUCGACGACAACGGCAAAGUAUCCAACGAGACCACCGCAGCGACUCCGCCAAAUGUCGAACGAUAAGCCCGAACCCUAUCAUCAUAAGGCCGGAUGAUGGUGCCACUAGGCCCAAGA